AUGACAGAGCAUCAGCCGCCUAACGGGAGACAGGCCUUUCAGAAUGUUCGCCACAGUGCACCCAUUAUGAAACAGUCAGAGAAGGAGCUGAAUCGAAAUUACCUUGAAGAUGUUCAGGUGUCUCAGCCUCCCUCCUUCCUGGACAUGCCCACUUGGGAUGAUUGCCAGCAACUCUUGCAGGCCCUCCUGACUACCAAGGAACAGGGGCGGGUUCUCCUUGAGGCUAGAAACAAUGUGCCAGGAACAGAUGGGAGGCCUUCCAUCCUCCCUAAUGAGAUUGAUGAUGGCUUUCCCCUCACCUGCCUCAACUGGGAUUACAACACACCCGGAGGUAGGGAUCGCCUGAAAGUCUACCGACAGACUCUAAUGGCAGGUCUCCGUGGGGCCACUCGAAAGCCCACCAAUUUGAUAAGUUCUCCCGGCUCAGUGGUGAUUUAUUCCCUGGGGCAUCCAGGGAGGUUUGGGCCGUGGACACUCAUCAUCCUGCUCAGCCAUGGAGGGCGCCCAGCUGGACUGUCCACCCUCUUCUCAGCACUACCUGCCCAGCAGACUGUUGCCCUGUGUGAGGAUCCUUCUCGAUGGAAGAACGCUGACUGGUCUGCAGCUGACCAAUAUUCCACAGGCCUCCAGCAGGCUGCUCUGCCAGCCCCUUAUCAGGAGCAGGUUAGAGCAGCAGGGUUGGCCACCUGGAGAAAGCUAGAUGAGGGGCCUAUAGAAUCCCCUGUUUCAGGAAUUAUACAAAAGGCCUCAGAGGACCUACCUCCCUUCAUAGACCAGGUAGAUAAAAGUCUGAGGAGAAAGUUUACCCUGGGGAAGCUUCGCGAUCAGUUUGUUAAGUCGCUAGUGUGGGAUGGCAUGAAUUCAGAUCACAAGCUGGCCUGUGCGAGGAUGGGCAGUCCUACCAUAGUUUCCCGAAAGGAGUGGGGAUCAAAUUCACUCACUUGCAAAGCCCCGCUGGACCUGCCUGUGCCCUACCUCAUCACAGAGCAUCUUACCAGGAUGGAGUGCAAAGAUCAGAUUAUCUGUAGCCAGAUGGUGCGGGUUCUACAGUCUCAUUCUGUACAUAACAGAGGCUGGUGUGAUGUGGCCUUCAACUUCCUGGUUGGGGAGGAUGGCAAGGUGUAUGAAGGAGUUGGUUGGCAUGUCCAAGGCUUGCAUGCUCGAGGCUACAAUAAUGUUUCUCUGAGCAUUGCCUUCUUCGGCAGCAUCAGCCCCAGCCCUGCUGCUUUACCCGCUACAGGGGACCUGAUCUUCUUUGCCAUCCAGCAUAGUUACCUGUCACCCAGGUACAUCCAUCCAUUUCUCUUAAAGGAAGAAACCUGCUUUGUUCCUCAACAUUCAGAGAUACCCAAAAAAGCAUGCCCCGAUAUCAUCCCUCGAUCUGCUUGGGAAGCCAGAGAGACACACUGUCCUCAAAUGAACCUUCCAGCCAAAUUUGUCAUCAUCAUCCACACUGCUGGGACAAGCUGCAACAAGUCUGCCGACUGCUUAAUUCGUGUCAGGGACACACAGUCCUUUCACAUGGACAAACAAGAUUUCUGUGACAUCGCAUAUCACUUUCUAGUGGGCCAGGAUGGUGGAGUAUAUGAAGGAGUUGGCUGGCAUAUCGAAGGCUCUCACCCCUACGGAUACAAUGACAUUGCUUUAGGAACUGCCUUCAUGGGAAACUUUGUAGAAAAGCAUCCAAAUGAAGCUGCACUGCAGGUGGCCCAGGACUUGAUCCAGUGUGCCGUGGUGAAGGGGUACCCCAACUACCUGCUAAUGGGCCACAGUGAUUUGUCUAACCUCCUGUCCCCUGGACGGGCAUUGAACAACAUCAUCAAGAUGUGGCCUCACUUCAAGCACUGA